CUACGACUAUAAUCUACAACUGUACCCAGGACGAUUUUUUUGCAGCAACUGGUUCAAAUCAAAUAAUCUUGUUAAAUUGUUGAGAUGUCCGAGUCACGACCUCUUUACACCCAAGAUUAUAACCACAAUGACAUCGAACAGGAUGCAAUGCCCAACAGAAAUCCGGAAGCGGUAAGAGGAAAUGGAAGAGGAAUCCGCCGCCCCCAACCGAGUGACAGUUUUAUGGUUGACCAUCGCCCUGUGAAACGCUCUCGUUCAAUAGCUGAUAAAGCUCAUACAGCCGACAAAGAUCACAUUAUGACCGAUGAGGCUCGUACAGCCGACAAUGCUCGUACAAUCGAUGAGGCUCCGACAGACGACAAGAAUCGUAUAACCGACGAGGUUCUCGCUUCGAUUCCUUUGUGGAUGCGAAGCAAAGUAAUCCGGAGUUACAAAUAUAAUAAAAACCAGAUCUUGCAACCAAUAAUAGAGGUAUAUCUCGAUUAUUACAGCGACGAGGACAAUCACACUGACCAGGCUAUAGACUCGGGCAACGAUUGCGCCAGAGACAUAAAUAUGUUAGACACUGACGAUGAGAAUGAAAUGGAGGCCGAUGAGGCUAUGGAAGAAGACAAUUAUGAGUCUGAUUCUGGAAUAUCGAGCUUAGUGGAAUAAUCGACAUUUUACACUUAUUCAUAUGAUUUGAUACAUAUCUUGUUAUCACAU